AUGGAAAAACUUAGAAAGUUUGAGGCUAAAGAAUUUUGGGAAAGAUCAGAUGAUGAUCCAGUUAAAGCUGAAUAUUGGCUUCAAAAUUUAAUAAGAGUUUUUAAACAAAUGGAAUGUUCUCCAGAUGAUUAUUUAAGAUGCACGAGAGAAUUUAAAAAUAAGUAUGUGAGAAAAAGUAAUUUGGAUAAGAAGAAGAGGAAAUUCCUCGAUUUACGCCAACGAAACCAGUCUGUAGCUGAGUAUGAAAGGGAGUUUGUAUACCUUAGCAAAUAUGCUCGAGAUAUUGUGCCCACUGAAGAGGAAAUGUGUAUUAGAUUCGAGGAAGGGCUAAAUGAUGAGACUAGAAUGUUGAUUGGAGGUAUAGUAAUCCAGGAAUUUUUUGUUUUAUCAGAUCGAGCCCAGAAAAUGGAAGAAGUGUAUAACAGGAAGAUGCAACGGGAAAGAAGAUUCAAAGAAUCUUAUAAGAGGAGCUCUUCCAAAUCAUUCUCGACAUUUCCAGCUAAAAGGUUUAGAGAUGAUUCGGGUCGAACUUCCUUAAAUCCAGAACGAUCGAACAGAAACAGAGCAACUCAGCAAGAAUUUGGGGUAACUAUUAAACCUGCAGCUAGUGUUAGUAGUGUACAGAAUGUUUCUAGGUCUAAAUGCAAGUAUUGUUGA